AUAUAUUCAGUGUGUUGUUAGAAGAGGCCCAGCUCACCUUGUUAACGUAUCUUACCUUCCUGCCUCAAUCAGCUGUGAACAGUGUUGUUGCUGCUGUUGAAGAUACAUCUUAGCUCGACAUGGUUAUAGAAACCAAUGUACGGGGUACUCAGAGACGGACUAACUCUUGUUACCGGCUUCCUGUCAUCAUCUGUCUUGGUCUGGCUGUGACAACCGUCGUUGUCGUCUACCUGGCUGUGAAGUUGCUGUGGUCGUCACCUACUUCGAGUUCGGAAAGUGCUAGUUUCACGAAACUACCCCCAGAUUUCUACAUCAGCUGCGCAACCUCCGCUUACCAAAUUGAGGGCGGCUGGAGAGAAGACGGAAAGGGUGAGAGCAUCUGGGAUCGCUUCACCCACAACAUGUCAGACAGGAUAGCGGACAGGUCUACUGGAGAUGUGGCGUGCGAUUCUUACCACAAGUACAAAGAGGACGUCCGAAUUAUCAAGGACACUGGAUUCGAUAUGUACAGAUUCUCCAUAUCAUGGACACGAAUCCUCCCUUCAGGGUACGGCGAAGAGAUCAACCAGGCCGGGAUCGAGUACUACCACCGCCUCAUAGACGAGCUGCUGGCCAACCAAGUACAGCCCAUGAUAACUCUGUAUCAUUGGGACUUGCCCCAAGCUCUGCAGGACAUUGGAGGCUGGACCAAUCCGGAUAUUGCUGACUACUUCCUGGAUUACGCUGACAUUGUCUUCAGAGAAUAUGGACAUAAGGUGAAGUGGUGGGUGACCAUCAACGAGAUGCACAUGGUAGUGAACGGCUACGGCUCGUGGACAAAGUUGGCUCCUGGUCUGAACGACUCUGGGGUGUCGGACUACUUGGCGGCCCACAAUCUCCUGAGAGCACACGCCAAAGUAUACAGGCUCUACCAUGACGUCUAUAAACCCUCUCAGCAAGGGAAAGUUGGAGUUUCCAAUUAUGCAGCUUACAUGAAACCCCGGAGUAUGAACUCUCUAGCGGACCAGGCAGCCGCUCUUCGGGCGACUCAGUUUCAGUUUGGAAUUUUUACCCACCCCAUAUUUUCAAAAACUGGAGACUACCCAAAGGUGGUCCGGGAUAGGAUCAACAAGAACAGCGAGUCGGAGGGAAGAAAUACUUCAAGACUUCCUUACUUCUCGAAUACAGAGAUAGAAGACUUAAAAGGCAGUGCGGAUUUUUUUGGGUUGAACCAUUACUUCACCAGCAUAGUGACAUCAGGUCUGGUGGGAAACAACCCUUCUCGGGAGAGAGACUCGGGUUGUAUCGUUGGCAACAACUCGCAAUCGGCAGAUGGGUUCAGAAAACUUUUGAACUGGAUUAAAAACGAAUACGACAACCCUCCUGUUUUCAUAACAGAAAACGGAACCGGUGACGAUAACGAUGUGAACGACACAAAGAGGGUGACGUUCUUCCACGAAUCGAUAGAAGUAGUACUAAAAGCUAAACAGGAAGAUGGAUGCAACAUCAUAGGGUAUACGGCAUGGUCACUGAUGGACAAUUUUGAGUGGUACGACGGAUACAAAGUAAGAUUUGGACUUUAUAAGGUUGAUUUCAACAACACGGAAUUGCCUCGAACGAUGAAACAGUCUGCGCGCUUUAUCCAGAAGCUUAUGGAGAAAAGAGAACUGCCAGCUCUUCCCUUCGCUUCCUGAUAUUUGUGGCUUUUAAUAAAAUCAAUUUAGGUUUUGCUAUUAUAUUUUGAGAGGAUCAUUUUUGCUGAAAGUUUUACUACUGUAUUCAUAAUUUUGCAGUAGGCUUUAUUGAAUAAUUAAAAAUGCACCAAUAUACCUUUUAUACAAUGUAAUCAUUACUGUCGGUCAUGUUUGGAAAAUCAGCACAAAUGUUUAUUUUUUAAAGGCUAAUAAUCUAAAGGAACACAAAGGAGUUCCAUAAGAAUCAAAUCUGAAUUGAUAGUUGUUUAAUUUGCUGACUCAUUAUGCUUGAUCUUCUGUAAAAACAAGAUUUUUAUCGUAUAGUAAAAUUUAAAUAUUAGUUGAGAUAUCCUCGUAAAUUAACACGCUAACUGUUGCAGAACGAAUUGAAUUCUAAGCGGAUUGAGUGUACAAAAUAAUCUCUCAAUCCCUCAUUCAGUAGUAACUUAGGUUCAUCUUAUUAAUUUAUCUGAAUGAAGAAUUUAAUUUGCGUACAAUUAUUCACUAUGUUUAUAAGCUUUCCAUGGAUAAACAAUCAUGAAGUGAAUGAUAUUUUUGAGAUAUUUAUUUUAGUGUACAUUGCAGUAUAAGUCAAUAAAUCAUAAAGAACAUUGGGUCUUAAGGCAAUCUAAAUUUUCGGCUCGAUUAAACUUUGAAAUGUUGUAUUUUGAUCGCACUGAAUAAAUGUUGGAUUACGCUAGCAAAUUACCCUUUAAUGUUCAUUAUAGUGUGAAAACAUACCAUAAAUAUAUAAUACUUGUAUGUUAAAAAA